GCCCGCGCUGUUCUUCCUAAAUGACUUCCACGAUGCCGUCGGGUGUUGGAACGCUCAUUACGAUCCACCAAACUACGAUCAGUCUACAUCCCGCAUCCCGACUAAAUGUUUCCCGCGAACUGUAAAUGGUUUCGUUCGAAGAAGUUUUAAAUAGUUAUUAAAUAUGGAAACAUAUACGAAUUUUCAGAUUAGUGAAGAAAGUUGGGAGCAGUUAUAUUCAGUGAUACCUUUUCAAAAUAACACAGAAACAGUGCCGGCUACGAAACAACGGUGUCAAGCAAAUGCAAGGGAACGAGAUAGAACGCAGAACGUCAACAUGGCGUUCAACGCGUUGAGACUCCUGAUACCUACGGAACCGCCCGACCGCAAACUUAGCAAGAUCGAGAUAUUACGGCUCGCUGGCAGCUACAUCACACACCUGGACAAUCAACUUUAUACUGGAGAAAUGGAACAACCAUGUCUAAUGAAGAGCGAUGAGUAUAACACCUCGAUGUGCACAUUUUGCUGGUCCUCGACUAAAAAGACAAAUCAUCGCUGAUAACCAAAAAACUACACACAAACUCUUUAUAUGAAUUAAAAGUUAUUUUAUUAUUAUAUU